GUGAAAAGACUAAAGAGCAUGAAGGAACACGGGGUACUAUGUUCAACGACCGAGUAGUUCAGACCUUUAAAAGGCUGGUCUAUCUCGAACAGAUUACACAAUCAGUGUUAUGUGAGUGGAAACAUGACAAAUUUAUCGUUACUAAAUCAAAGCGAAAAAUCUGCCAAUUUUACUUUGGCGUUGGUCUCACCUUGUUGUACAUAACUCAUCUUUGUGUUCAGUUUGCCUUACAAUUACACAGAUUCAGUAAUUUGGUAGACUUUUUCUGGACCAUUUUAUGGAUGUUAUACUUUUUUUGGUCAUUUGGGAAUUAUGCUAAUCUCAUAGCUAAGCAGAAGGAUGCUGUAGCAUUUUACCGAGGAAUGGUGACUCUUGAUACUCAUUUCGCAGAAACGAUCUUGCCUAUAAAGCAUGAAACUUCAAAGGAGGAGAAAAAGCCAAGACAUAUUUUACAGGAAAUUAGCAUGAUGGAGUGGUUAAUGAUCAUUGAGGACAUGAUGUACAUUACAUUUGGGAUUUGUGGAGCACUGAUAGCCGUUGUAUUAUCGCACAAGCCACAAUUCAUUUCAAUCCUUUGGGAAAAUCAUACCGUGGGAUUUUUAACGUUUUUAGCAGGAUUUCAAUUUUAUACAAUAGAAGCGUCUUGUGGUUCCAUAAUUUUUUGUAUUAAUUACGCCGUACUCUACAUGAUUGCCGCGUGUCACUGGCUGAAGACUUUGCGAAGAUUAAUGAUGAAUAUUGGAAUAAAUACGGGUCAAAAACUUGACAUAUUCUGCAUCUUGGGCUGCUACAAAAAAUUGCAGAUUCUCAACGCAAGCUUAAAUACAGCUCAUGCAUCGUUUCUCUGUCCUUUGAAUUUAACAAUGUUCUUUACUACGUCAAUCUUAACCAUGUUCGGAGCUAUUCGACUCAAGGAAGUUGCCACACUGGCAGAAUAUAUUUUGUUUCCAUUAGCUUGCACAUUUCUAUUAACUUUGUUCUCAGCACUGCUCUUCGGGUCUGAACUAAUUUACGAUUACUCAUCAAAAUUGGUCAGUCAGCUGAAAAGAUGCCAAAUUUAUAAUGAUACCGGAAAUGCAAGGAUUCAAAAAAUGUUCAGGAGAGAAGUUGCAGCACAAAAAUCAUUUGGGAUUCGGUUCGGAACAAUGCAACAUCUAACGAAAGGCACAGUUUUAGUUAUUUACGAACGUUUAUUAAACUAUGCUGUGUCACUACUCAUUACUUUCCCUCAUUCCUACUUUCACAAGUAGUAAAUAAAUAAAAUAAAA